AUUAAUUUAGUUUUUGGAAGACAACCGGUUAUUUGUCUUCACAAGUGAAACUAGACUACAGAACUGAAACAUAUAUUUUUAUAUUAUAUCAAAUUAUGACUCAAAUAAUGGAUGAAGACGAAUAUUUAACUAAAUUGAAUAAAAUAGAACAAACUAUGCGGGAAUUGCAAAACCAGAAAUCGCAGAUCGUCAACAAGCUCAAAAUGUUGGAGAUAGAAAAGGAGGACCUCCAGUACAAUUAUAAAUUGUUAAAAAUACGGUCUAACAAAAACGGAAAGGAAUGGGUGAAUAAGAAAUUCGAAUGGUCCGAUAAAAUUUACGAAGUAUUAAAAGGAAAGUUUAAAUUCGAUGAUUUUCGACAAAAACAACUGGCCGCUAUAAAUAGUACACUCUCGAAUAAAGAUGUGCUGUUAUUAAUGCCCACGAGCGGGGGAAAAAGCUUAGUUUAUCAAUUAACUGCCUACAUUAGCAAAGGUCUGACAAUAGUUGUUUCUCCCUUAAUUUCGCUGAUUGAAGACCAACUUAGGGCUCUUAAAAAAAUUGGAAUAGAUGCUGCUUCUGUGAACGCAAACACUUCGAAAGAGGAAAGGAAAUACAUUCACAACGAAAUGACAAAUCCCAACUCUAAAUUAAAAUUGUUAUACGUCACUCCCGAAUGGGUAGCAAAGAGCAAACAAUUCAUGACGUACUUACAAAAGUGUUUCGAUAAAAAUUUGUUAGCCCGGAUUGUUAUAGACGAGGUGCAUUGCUGUUCUACAUGGGGACAUGAUUUUCGACCUGAUUACAAUCACUUGAGUUUAUUUAAAAAUAUGUUUGCUGGUGUUCCAAUUAUAGGAUUAACAGCUACUGCUACAAUGAAUAUUCUGAUUGAUAUUCAAAAAAUGCUUGGUCUGGAGGAUGCUGUAAUAAUUACUGCCCCGUUUAAUAGGCCUAAUCUUUUUUAUAAGGUGGUAAAUAAGCCGAGUGAAAAAAGUGAAUGUACGAAAUUGCUAACAAAAUGGCUAUCGAAUAAAUAUAAAGGCAAGUCUGGUAUCAUCUACACAUCAACUGUUAAAGAAACUGAAGAUAUUAGUGCGGAACUCAGAAAAAAUGGAAUUAAAAGUAAAUUUUAUCAUGCGCAAAUGGAUGCGAAUGAUAGAAAAACAGUUCAAGAGCGUUGGAUGGACAAUCAUUACCAAGUAAUAGUAGCAACAAUUGCAUUCGGCAUGGGCAUAGACAAACCUGAUGUACGGUUUGUCAUUCAUUACUGCACUCCAAAAAGUUUGGAAUCAUUUUACCAGGAAAGCGGAAGAGCUGGUAGAGACGGGCAACCUGCAGAUUGCAUUCUUAUGUUCAGUUUAAAUGACUACUUAAGAACUUCUUCAAUGACUUCAAACAAAAUUGAAGAAGCUAACACCAAGCAUAUUUUGCAAUAUUGCCUUGAACAAACCAAGUGUAGGAGGGCAUUGAUAGCAGAUCAUUUUGAGGAUACUUGGAGGCAAACAGAUUGUGCGAAAAUGUGCGAUCAUUGUUCCCAGGACUCGAAACCAGUAUCUAAUUAUAAUAUAACAGAGCCUGCAUUAGAUCUGAUUAAAAUAAUCGAAUUUGCUAAUAGUAAAGAAAUUAAAGUUACCCUGAAUAAAUUGAUCAAUGCUUGGUUCCAAUCAGGAAAUAAGGAAAUUAGACCUCCUAAUAUUACUAAGCCAAAAUGCACCAAGCAAAUGGGCGAAUAUAUUAUUGGAUAUCUCAUUUAUAAAGAAUAUUUCGUUGUAGAAAAGGGAUUUACUCUUUACACUACUGUUGGUUACAUACAGAGAGGUAAUAAAAAAAUUAAUAACACUACUAAAAUAUUGAUGCCCUCUAAGGAAAUAAUAAAUUAUCCAAUUUCGACAACUACCGAAAUACAAGAAGUUAUUAUCAUCACAGAAGAGACUGAAAGCGAUAAACCUCCGACCAAAAAACAGAAACUUGAUUGUAGUUAAUUUUAAAUAAAAAUUUUAUUAAAC